GGGGGCCGCCUGUACUGUGUCGCAAAAAGCAACGCAGGAUCCUUAUCCUUCCACCACACCCACACGUGCCCAGGGUCAGCACCACUUUGUUGCGCUGCAUGGUUCCGGGGAGACACCGGGAUCCAAAGUGCUGGGACGUGUCGCUGACCGGCAAAAUUGAUGCCCGUUUUGGAACGCCCGCAUUCUUGUGGCUGAGGUGCGAGUCUGGGGCAGAUGCGUUCUGGCCCGAGGACCCCUGGUCCCGCGUGGGGGUCGCGAGAAGCAUGACGAGAUCAUCUCCUCCUCGGAGGGCAUCAUUGACCGGUCUGCGAAGUGUGCGACGGGUGAAUAGGGAUGCGGAAUCCUUUGGGCCGUCCCGCUGGGGCUGCUACGGCCCUAGGCUGAGGUUCGCCGCGGAAAACCUGGGUGAGGAAUGGAAUUCUGAGGCGAUGAUAGAGUUUCGAGAAUACCCGGAGUGUCUGGCUCUGGAAAAGAAGGACAAUGCGAUUUGCGAUUGCGAGUCACAAGAUUGCCAAUCCUUGAGUCAAGAACGCAUAAUGAAAGGACCUGUCAUAGCACCGUGACUGGUGGAAAUUCCUCUUCGUGCCUUUUGCUGUAUGUGUGAAGCGACUUACUCGCAAUGCUGGGCGCCUACACGACUCUAGG